CGCUGUGGUGGCGGCAACCCGCCCGAUCGAUAUUUCGCCGCCGCCGCCGCCGUUCGUUUCUGUUAUCAUAAUAAUAUUAUUAUUAUUUACUGUCUAGCGUCCGUUCGACGGCAGUUGUAGACGACGAGUCUCCUGUGCGGUUGUUUGGUGUUGUUUUGCGUUGUACUUGCAAAAAUCACGCGAUUUACGUUAAUAAUAAUAAUUGAGUUAUUGUAAUAUACGCGUGACUGGUGUAGUGAUGUAGUGCGUCGGAAUAUAUCGUUUUUAUGUAUUACUUACUAAUCACAACAUAAUUAUCUUAAUUUCCUAUUGGCACACACCACGCGAACACCGUACUAUCACAACUAUAGAUAUUACGGCGACGGAGACGGCGGCAGCGGCAGUAGCAGCAGUGGUAGCGACAACACGACGCCACAGCCACCACUACCAAGAUCCGGGCACGCGACACACAGACGCCGUGACAUCACUGUCCGGGACGAUCAUCAACAAUAUCGUCACCAUCCGUAAUUGCCAAUAACAAUAACGCCUCCAACAUCACCACCACAACCACAACCACCACAACUACCACGAACCACCAACACUAACACUACCACCACAAUCACCACUGACUGACAAGACAACACAAAUAUCGCAAUGCAGGCGUCCACGUCGCCCGCAUUCGCCCGUCGGCGGCCGUCCGCCUUGCACGUCGAUGGCGUCGGAGGUCAGCGUGCCACAGCCACAACGGCUUUUUCGUCCGUUGACCGUCUGCUGGCGGACAUCGCUUUCCAGCGGCAGAGGGAACGGCAACGCGUGGCCGCGGGCGGUCGGCAGAGCCGACGACGCCGUGAAAACGGCCAACGUCCAGCUCCAACUUCGGCCACGGAAGGAGCAGAGACUAAAACUGGAGUUACAUCCACCGGAUCUGAGCUCGACGACGAGGCGGCCUCGGCGUACUGGUGGACCGACGUAUUCCUCCGAUACUUCGUGUUUGACGAGGACUGCACGAGGACCGCCACCACGGCCGACUCAGACGAUUUGUUGUUUUUCGUACGGCGCCGGCGAAAUAAGCGCAAGUGCACUAAGCGCCGACUGUCCUCACAACGUCGGCGACGGGUCACUUACGACACCCGGGCUUACCGAAAACAACAACACAACCAACAGCAGCAGCAACAACAGCAGCAAAAGCCGACCAUGUUGCCGAUCGGCGAUCCGGCCGUUCUGUGGCGGCACACAGUGUGUCUGAACGCCAUCGUCCAUCGGCUACGGUACACGCUCACGGUGGCCGUGUGUGCGCGUGUACCCAGGAAGGCAGCUGCCUCUGCCUGUUUCAGCGGCUACGACGGAUCACGAGAAUUCGUAUCAGCUGACAGGCAAGAAGACUGCGAAUACGACCUGCAGCUGCUGUCACGCCACGUACACACAGUGUACGCAUCAACUAGUGGUCGGCGUAUGGACGCGGCAAAGGGUCCUAGAGAGCGGCCGGUAUACCCCGCCUUGUGUUGGGCCGUCGACGAUUUCGCCGAGGCUUUCCGCACGGUAGUUGUACGCCCUGGACAGACAGUGUGCGCCGAGCUGGUGGCCGCUUGGCCGGGUCCGGAAACCAUCGUCGAAGAAUACCUCAAUAACGACAUCGAAGACGGCAACGACUCCGAUGAGUACGAUCUGGAUGGCAGCAAUUGCAGCCUGUUCGAUCGUAACAAAUCGGUGCCCGUGAAAGUACAACAGAAUCUAAACAGAGCUGUUCUGUUCACCGGCGCCGUCCCUUAUGCUGCGGUGCGCGCAGCAUACGAGUGCAAGAUGAGCUUAUACCGCGACGCGGAACGCCAACGAAGGAAACGGCGGCGGCAACAGCAACGGAAACGGGGCGGCAAGAAAUCGUCUCUGGGCGCCGCCCUGUCCGCAUCGCUGACGGCUCUGUUCGUCAGUGGCAAAGACUCUGCCCCGUCGUCAGACUACCGAGAUAACAAUUAUUAUUACGGUUCUGCCUCUUCCACCAACGCCACCGUCGCCGAUGCCGAUCGCGUCGAGUACGUGACGGUGCGUGGCUGUCGGCCGAGUUGUGACAACGAUGACAGCGGCGGUGGCGAAUUGUCAUCGGACGACGAAAAUCACGACAGUGAUGACUUCGACUUUGAUGACGUCAGCGUCUGCGGUGAUGACCCCUACGACUACACGAAGGGCCUGGCCCAGAUGGCUGUCACGCUCGCACCAAUACAGCGAAUGGAAACGGUCGCCUCGGGUGUUGAUAGUAAUUCUGAAUACCACGUCCACCACCACCAUCAUCACCAUCACCAUCUCCAUCACCAACAGUGCUGUGGUGGUGGAGAGGACGAUUACGGUGACACCAGAUACGAUCAAGACCCUGAUUUUACCGCCAACUCGUGUUAUGACCACGCAAAUGAUAGUUACACCCCAGUGAUUAGUUACCAACAACAGCAGCUCGAGUCCUAUACUGGAACGGCCACAGCUUCUGAACCUGGAGACUUCUAUGAUUACGGGUGGGACUAUGAAACGGCGGCCAGCAGCGAGCAGCAGACACCUCAGACUCCAUCCUAUUAUUAUCAACAGCAACAGCAGCAACAACUUGAACGUCAACGACGUCGGGACGGCAGACCGAGACGACUCAGUGACCCAUGCUCGACAUCCGUUUUCGAUCAACUGGAUGACGAUGACCGCGGUACAGAUGAACAUCACCAGAACUAUCAGCAACAGUAUGAGAUCAAUAACUAUAACAGCAUGUAUGGAAAGAAAAAUUAUCGAAAACAACAGAAUGACUACAAAAACCGAUUACAACAGCAACCAAAUAGGUAUGGAAGUGUAAGAGGAUUAUCAUCAGUAGCAUUGACACCAGGGAGAUCUGGAAAAAUGCAACAUCCACAUCGGGCCUGGUCCGAGAGUGAUGGACUGGAUCAGUGUGGUGGCGGUAGCCUUGUUAAACAAAAUCAAAAUCAGCAAAAACCUCAACUGCUACCACCUCCACCUAUUCCUUAUUAUUGUGCGGCGGAAGCGGCCGUAUCGGGUUUUGUGCAGUACGUGCACAAGAGUCCGAGUGGCUGGUGGACACGAACCAAAAACAAGCGGCGUAGAAGACGUUAUAGGAAUAUUAAACGAAAGCCAAAUGGAAAGGUUAUCACAACCAUGGAUCGCCGUCGAAGUUCCAGUGCCGGUGGAAAUGGCUGCACAAUCACCGAUGACGAGAAUAGUGACGGUUCAGGUUCGGGAUCAAACUCUGACCAUGGCGAAUCAAACUCUGAUGAACAAGACAGUGAUGGCGAAUUUAUUGGCGUUCUUGCUGCUGCCGCGGCAUUUGGCCAAGACCCUGACCGAGAAUGGUCGCAACGGGGUAACGCCGGUGAUCCAGUAGCUGAUUGGGACAGGUAUGACUGUGAAAGUGACUCAUCGGCAGAACACGAAGACGAUGAUAUGGUUGAAUGGACGACCGAGAUUAUGGCCACUGAUAUAAGGCGUAAACCACAUCAAAACUGCUCAAUAGUAUCUACACCAGCGAGGAUAGUACACGAUAAUUACUUACAUUUUUGUGAUUCGCAGUCAUUGACGCCUGUCUUUGUGAACCGUCAACUGCAUCAUCAAUCAAAACAGCAACCCGUUGGUUACCAACAGCAACUCCAUCGGCAACUACCACUACCGCAAUUCCGACCUCAACCACUCGAACCCCCACCACCACCACCUGCAUUGAGCGUCGCAUUUACUGCGGUGGCCUGUCCAUGGUGGACGGUUCUAGAAGAUGUGCUGCACGUGAAUUCCAAAACUUCUGGAGAGCCAUCAUCAUCAAAUAAAACAGGCACGACGUUACCUCUCCUCACGUUUGAUUAACAACUAUAAACCAUAUUAAACUAUCUUGUAGCAAAACUGGGUUCAUCGAUAAAAUAAUCAAUAAAAAAAGAAACAUAUUUUAAUUUGGAGAAUUCGUUAAAAAUCACCAAUUGUGCCCUGGUGAUGGCGUUAAACUCACUAUUUUCUUGUCGACGAUAAACAUACAUAAACAUGAUUCCGUGAUGGAAGACAAAUGUUGUCCAACUUCUGAAGCAAGAAGAACUGGUGAAUAAACAUUUUCGGCGAGUAAUAAGUUUAUCGAUUAAACUUUUACAAAGUGUAUAUAAGUAAUAUAUUGUAUAUUAUACUGUGUUGAUAAAAUAAUAUAAUGGACACUCAAUUCUCAAAUACAAAAUAAUUAAUUAAGAAUGAUUAAUAUUAGAAUUUAAGAAGACAUUAUUGUGUGAAAUGGAUUUCGGCUGCAGUUAAAAAAAAAAUCCACCAUGACUUUGAUAGUUUGAUUUAAAAAUUAUAUAUCCCAGGCAACUAGACUUGAUAUACACGCUACAUUGAUCAUGAAAAAUAUUUUAUUGACAAGUGGUUGAAGACUAGUUUCAUCCGACUGCCUUAGUGUGACCACCAAGAUGAAUAAACAUGCAUCAUUGAAUUCAUAUGCUGAUUAGUAACAGUAACUAAACCUCAUCAAUGGUUUAAAAAUAACUACUUCCAUCAACAUCCCAGUGACCCUUACAAUGGUUUAUUUCAUGGUAACAAAAAGUAGCAUAUGACUCCUGACGAACACCAAAUGCAUUAACGUCUGAAGACCACUGUUGUUGAAAUCACUUGACCAAUCAUUUCUAGAGGAAUGGAGAUGAAAACAUUAAACACGGUUAUCUGAAGAAUUUUCAGACAGGCACUCUAACAGUUUUGAAAUUCACUAUCUACGGACAUGUGUGUAAAACGCUGCUCAAGUUCUGAAAUCAACAGAUACAUAAUUUACAUCUUAACGUAAAUAAUUGUAUACGCAAUACGCAUGUCUACCCGGUCUUCUAUUAACUACAUCACCAGUCACCACACCACCCAUCACAACAUACGACAAUUUAAACAUCUCAUACACACUGACAUAUUAAAAACCCUUGCAUUACAGCUUAGAUCACUUGUUUAUUACUACACCGCAGUUACUCCCAAGAACCUUUCAUCUACAAAUUGGUUCUGACGUUCGCUAUGAAAAUGCUAACUGUGCCUAGUAUUAAGAGGUUGUGAUGCUAAUGGUGGCAGAAUACAAAUUGUAGACGACGGGUAGGUAAGAUUAUUACACAAAUAGUUUAAUUCUGUAGAAUUUUGAAUAUUGUAAAUAAGUUAAAAUAAAAUUUGUCAAGAUGUUCAAAUAUUUUGAGAAUGCUACACAUUGGUUUUUGACCAAAAAUAAAAACCCAUAAAAACCCCUUUUCUAUAAUAAUAUUUUCUUGGCGAUUUUUCUUUAAGUCUGCAACAUUAAUUUACUUUUUUAAUUUAAACUACAUAUUUUUACAAAAUCUAUUGAACUCUUACUAGACACAUAUUUCUCUUAAUCGUAAUCUUAUUCAUACCAUGUGUGUUUAUUUGAAAUCAACGUCUUUUUGUAUCUACACCCUUAUAUUCACUUCUGAUUGGUGGUGCAGGUGUUGGUGUUGGUUUUGGUGUUGGUGUUGAUACUCUAUAAAAUCCAUAAAAGAACCCCAAGGUUUGUUAUCUCAGUAACAAAAUGAAACAUGGUAGAAAAUGGCUGCAAAAAACUUAUGAAAUUAUCCCAGUUAUGAGAUACUUAAAUUAAUAUAAGUAAAAAAAAUGUAAAUGCAACAUUAAAAAAAUAUAUUGUUAUAUCAUUUUUAAAAUAAGUAACUAUGUGGAUUAGCUUUAAAAUCAGGUCCUAAUUAUUUAAAAUUUUUCUUGAAUAAUUUUUUUUAAUAUCUGUGAUACGUUACCAAGAUAACAAGCCUUGGAAUUUGUUCCUUUAAUAAUCAGACUAAUUUAGUUAUUUUCUAAAAUGUUGUACUCUAGCCAUGCAAACUAGAAAUAUGAGGACCAUCUCUGUACUUGAAAAACAUUUAACAUUUUUAUACAAUCAUUAUAAAUUGUUAUAUUAGACUAAGUUUUAUAUGAAUAACUACUAAUAUUGUUUAAAACUGUUUUUACUUAUACCACGAUGGUUUUGUAUUUUUAUUCGAUUUUAGUUUAAAACGUGUUUCUGUAAGUGCUUGCUUACUCAUUGAUAUUGUUAAAAGAUGUACUAUUUUAUUAUUAUUAUUCAUUACAAUAUACUUUAUUUGUAUUUUAUCGUAUAUACAAUUGAGUUUUUUG